GUCUAAACCCACACCGCCAAGAUCUAGUCAAUCUAGUUUUCGGUUGACUUGGUUUCUCCGCGGCUAGCUCGAAACGUGGCCGGGAGUUGUGCUCUCAACAGCAUACCUUAUAACCACCAUUACCCCUUCUCGCCCAUGUUAUACAACGUCGGGUACCGGCAUGACCAUGCCAUGACCAAGCCUCCCGCCAGAGCCGUUACGUGGCCCAAGCAACGCCCACGUCACAACAGCCAAUCCAUGCCAGUCGACCCAGAAGACCUGUCGCGAAGACUGCGUCUCGUCCUCGCCGAGCAGAAUGCGCGGGCCGAGCAGAAGAAGAGAACACGAGCCGGAGCUGGGAGGAGAGCGAGCGUCCCAUCCCUGACGGAAACCUCGACCAGUGGGUCUCGCAGGGACGAAAAGGCUGCUUCGGGAGAAAGACACAAUCGCCAUUCUCACUCGAACAAGUUUGACCAGAAUGCCGAAACCCAAGACGGCAAGCCGCCACACUAUGUCCCGCAGGUGGCAGCUUUGCAAUUCGCGACAACCACGACGGCCGACAACAUGACGAGCCCGCGCACCGUCCACAGGCUGUCCCAGAAAGCCCUCAAAUUUCACCUCGGAGGUCCCAACGCCGCGGCAUCGUCUGCCGACCAGAAAACCGCGCCGGCUGACCAGCACACAGCGCUACGGAAGGCGCAGAGCCAGCGCGGGAAAGUGUACAAGCGAAACCAGUUCCAAAACGACCGCAUCCUCGAAGCUGCGGCCGCGGCGGACGAGGAGCGAGAGAACCGCCGGAGGGAACGACCGAAGCAAGGGUGGGAGGCUCAUUUGCCCGCAGGGCGCCGUUCCGAAGACGCGGUGAAGAGGCUGAGCACAGGCGACCCUGGGGAAGGCCGUCACUCGCAUGAAACCGCCGAUUCAGACUUCGUACCGCUUCAUGAGAUCAACGCGCACCGAGUCGACUGGACUCAAAGCGAUGAGACCGGGCAAGGGAAACUCAAAUCCAAACUCCGAAAGUCCGAUUCCCUCUGGACCCUAAGGGGUCGCUUGGGGAGCCUGACGAAGCACGGCCGCGAAGACAAGACCACGACGCAGACACGGGAUGACAAUUCGGGGCUUCCCGAAGCGUCCAUCAAGUCACCCAAAAUCGGCUUCUUCGCCCGUUUGAGGCCCAGUCAUUGAACACACAUUGUCGACCAUCGGGCCUUCUUUUGGAACGAACGCCAUCCCUCAAUUCUCGUGUCGUUUUGCGAAGCGCAUAUGCAGAUCCUGCCUGAAUUGCACUCCUCGUUUAUUUGUUCCCUUUUCUCCCCCUUCCGGUCAACAGUAAGAAAGCGAUUCAGCGGUUACUUUUCGUAUCACUUCAGCGACGACCUUCUUCUUCCAACAACCGUUUGAUCAGGUCUGCAUCUCGUUGAGCCGCCCGACUCCGCAACAGAGAGCCGGUCUCCUCGCUCCGCGCACCCUGGGAUGUGAGAUGGAUUAUG